AUGAAAAACUUUUGCAAACUACCAUCCGAGCUCCGCUCACAGAUUUGGCUCCUGACCAUUGAUCCACACCGGACUGUCCAAGUCCGCUUCAAAUUCGUCUUGUUGCCUGAUCUCAGUGACGGAGCCGACUUCUUUGAGGCCAUAUGGGAUGCUCCGCCUGCGUUGGUUUAUGCAACCUCACCUACGCCGGUGCCAGCCGCACUCCAUACUUGCCGCGAAGCCCGCCAUGUCGUUGCCCAGAAAUACGAGCGCGCCUUUACCGGUGGCACUGAGCCUCGGUAUGUCUGGGUCAACUUUGACCUGGACACCAUCUCCAUUGGCAAGUCUCGCUUCACGUGGAUGGGACCGGAGGCACCGCGGAUCCGUUGGCUGAAAUUUGCGCGUGAGAUGAGCUCCCAUUACAUUUCUGAUGAGCAACCGCAAUUGCGGAUGUUCACCAAUUUAGACGAACUCACCAUUGUCCGACAUGAUGCCGAGACGAGCUGGGAUGAUUCGGACGAGCUCCUCUACUGGCCAUGUCCGACAGAGAGAGUGUGGUUCAUCAACGCGGAGACGGAUGAGAAAAUAAGCUGGGCUGAAAACCAAAGAAGAUGCGAUAAACAAUGGGAAACCUUUGUAGCUCAGAAUGAAGCAAGAGGCAGUGAGUGA